GGGAACGUGGAGGUCCGAAUUACCAAGCCUUCUGUCCUGCCACACCGCCAUCGCUGCUAUAGAAGCAGCGGAACAACGACGAAAACGAAAACUACUUAUAUACGCGUGCGCGCGCAUGUACGCGUUGCUGAAACGAUGUAGGGAAUGCUUAAAUGCUCUAUUUGCAAGAAUUGGAGUAAUAAUUCCGGAUGUGUCCGGAUAAGCUCGUUUUGGUUCGGCAGCGUUGAUGGCGGGAGUUUUGUUCGCUUAUCACUAUUUACUGGAUUCUGUUUUUCUUUCAUCUCUUUUUUUCGAACAAAAAUGCUUGUAGUUUCCCAUUUUUCAUAAUUUAAAUAUUUAAUGUGCGAUGUUUUUUUAGUUUAUUGUGUACGUAAAUAGUGCAAUAUUUACUCUCUUCCCAGUUCCCUCUGAUGGCAGGUGCAGAGUAUUCAAAAGUAUCGUUGAUUAAUAAUAUUCCUGAAACUAUGGAGCUUGAUGAAUCGAAACAGAGUACACUUUCUGCGCAGUUCUCCGGAGGUAUCAAUCCGAAUACGUUCUACGGUCCUAAAAAAUACCAUCCGACGUUUCACACCACUGGUACGGUGAUUCUUCCACCCCAGAGUUCUGCAAAAUUUAAAAAGCUCUCGGGACCAUCGUUAACCUGGGAAACUUUCAAGAAACAAGAUCAAGUGAUCGAAUUUGUUUCUCGAAGUAAUUGCGAUUUGAUGCCAUUUGUUUAUCAGAGCAAUGGAACUCGAGCAUUUUUAGCAGCACAUCCGUUAACGUUUUGGCAUUACGAUGAACAACGAGAAAUGAAAGACCGACACUCUUAUGAGAUCAUAAGGGAAUUCAAAACGUGUAAAUUAUAUUUCGAUUUGGAAUACGAAAUCUCCAAGAAUCGUAAUCACAAUGGUCGACGUAUGGUAAAAAAUUUCAUACAUUUGGUCAUGUCAGCAUUAAAAUACAAGUACGAUAUCGAAUGCAAUUUCGACGAUGUUUUGAUCCUGGACUCAACGACAGAAUCAAAAUUCAGCUGCCAUUUAAUCUUCCAGCUGAAAAAAUGUUAUUUUCGAGAUAACUAUAAUGUCGGAUAUUUCGUCAAGCAGCUUUGCCAUGAAAUACGAUUAUGGAUUAUUGCAGGAACCGAGAACGAAAAUCUUUUAUUACUCCCGUUCGUUGAUUUACCAUACGGAGACAUCGAAGAAUUCGAAGUCAUCGAUUCGAAAGGAAAUAAAACAUUGUUCUGUGAUGAAGCUGUGUACAGCAAAAAUAGACAUUUCCGAUUGUAUAAGUCUACGAAAUUCGGCAAAAACGCUCCUCUAUUGGAAAGCCCAGAUAAUAAAUUCGUAUGUGAAAAUUCCGAAGAUAUGUUUUUGCAUUCGUUGAUUACAUGGAUCUCCGGUAAAGAGUCGCAUGUUUGUGUGGAAUUCGCGCCAAAUAAAUUGCAUUACUCGUUGAAAAUAUACCAUAGAACUAGUAAUUAUCAUAAUCAAAUGGCGGAGAAUCCUCAAAAAUCUCCUUUCCCCGAGCUUGAUCAAUGCAUUUUGGAUAUCGUCCAUCCGGGGAAAAUUUAUCGUUCUGCAUUUUUCAAGGAGAAUAAUACGAUCGUCUACGACAUCGUCGGUAAUCGGUUUUGCUGGAAUAUUGGCAGGGUACAUAAAAGCAAUAAUGUGAAAUAUGUUAUUGAUUUACAUACACUAACGUAUUAUCAGAAAUGUUAUGAUCCGGACUGCGCUAAUUUCAAAUCCGCUAAGAAAGGACUGCCUAUUAGUGAGCACUUUUUUCUUAAUAAUGACAUCGAUGAUGAUUUGGUCGCCACGGCCGAAGAUCACUAUCGAUCAGCUGUUCAAGAUACCACAUCAGAAGACUUGUUUUCAUGUGAUAUUUCUGACGAGCAAUUUUGUGAAAUGGUCAAACCAUGCGAAGAAUUAUUACAAGGAAAAAAUCUUUCCAAUGAUGAAAGUUUUCUCGAUGAAUCCUACGACGCAGAUAUGGUUUCAGUUGCUGAUUACAUCGAAGGAAAUAUCAAUACUGAAAAAUGUGAUCGUAGAUCAAACGUUGAUCAAAGAAAUAAUUCCGAACUCGAUUUUUCUAAUGAAGUUGACGAUUCGUUAAUCAUAGCAGAGGUGGAAAAGUUAGAAUCAAUUUAUUCGCCGCCGAAAAAAUGACGAUCCGAAUUUUGUGUUAGCGUACGAGACAGUUAUGUUUCGGAGAUGUUAACGGUAAUCAUUGUAAAAUGUGUUUCUCUUGUCAUGAAAAAAAAUUGUGAUCAACUAGUCUGCGUACUCGUUUAACGUUAUGUAUUUUUUUUUCAAAUUUUUUGUAUGUUCAUCUUUUUCAAGUAAUAAAAUAAUAAUGGAUA